AGCUGAGUUCACCCUCCAGAAUCAAGAAGAGUGAGGCAAAAGGAGAGUGCAAACCUCUUUGAUGAAGAGCAGGUUUGAGAGAUGUGUGGAAAGAGCCCCCCUGUGGAAAGGGCAUAAGUCCACCAGCACUCACUCUGCACUGCUCCCGGGGGAAGAGGAAUCACAAGGAGCCUGUCUGAAGGGGUUGGCAUCAGAGGGGCAACACACACCGGGACAGAGGCGACAGACACCGUGGAAGCAAUUUUUCAUCAUGAAGCUGGCAGCAGACCUUCUCUGUUUCUUGGCAUGCCUCACUGCAGUGACUUGUGACCGGGUCUAUGUCCACCCUUUUAAUUUGUUUUCUUUCAACAAGAGUACCUGUGAGGAGCUGGAAAGCCUAGCCCAGGAGGAAAAGAAAACUUUUGUCCCUGUCUCGAUUGAGUCUCAAGCCACACCUGCCUAUGAAGAUGACCUGAAUGACAAAGACAAGCUGGAAGCCCCAAGCCUGAGUGGCCGCGGGAGGCAGAAACUGAGCUACCUGAAGGACUUUGUGUAUGUCCUGGGCAUGAGGUUUUACAGCGAGCUGCGGGGAGCACGGCGGGGCCAAAAUGUGCUCCUGUCCCCAACCAGUCUUUAUGGCUCCUUGGUGUCGUUCUACCUGGGCGCCUCAAACCAGACGGCAGUGGAUUUGCAGGGUUUGCUGGGAUUUGUUCCUCCCUCGGGAGACCCUGACUGCACCUCCAGGGUGGAUGGACACAAAGUGCUUUCCAGCCUGAGGACAAUCGAAAGCCUCAUCAAGAGCCAGGAUGAGGGGCUGCUCUUUUCCAAGGCGCUCUGCCUGUUCUCUGCUCCUGGCGUACCUCUAUACCAAGCAUUUGUGCAGGACUUGGUGCCCUCCACUGACGUCCUCUAUGUCAGAGCUGUUGACUUUACAAACCCGGGCGAGGCAGCAAAACAAAUAAAUGCCUUUGUGGAGGCCAAAAACAAGGGCCAAAGCAAGUGCUUACUGACAGACACAGAUCCAUCUGCAGACCUGCUCUUUGUGGUGGACGUACGCUUGGCAGUGAAUGUGAAGCAAGCCUCUCAGCUCAAAGAGCCUCAGGAGUUCUGGGUGGAUUCGAACACGAAGGUCUUGGUCCCUAUGUUGUCACUCACAGGAACAUUCAAGUACAAAACUGAUGCCAGUGGGACUUUUUCUGUGGUGGAAGUGCCCAUCAGCAAGACUGCACUGCUGGUGCUGCUGCAGCCCAUCGAUGGCAGCACCCUGGAGCACGUGGAGUCCCAACUGCCAGUGCAGUCCUCGACCUGGCUUCAGCAGCUCUCCCCAAGAGAAAUUAAAUUAACGCUGCCGGAAUUAACAGUAGAAGACAGCUUUGAUCUACAGGAGCUUCUUGCAGAUAUGGAACUGCCUACACUACUGGGGAAGGGGGCAGAUCUCAGUAAAAUAAGUGACUCAGAUCUAACAGUUGGAAAGGUAAUAAAUAAAGCCUUUUUCAAACUGACCAGUGAUGGAACAGAUCAGACAGAUGACCCAACAGCACAGAAGGAAGAUUUGAUGUUCCUGGAAGUAACACUGAACAAGCCCUUCCUUUUAGCUGUUUUUGAAGAGAAGUCACAGGCAAUACUUUUCCUUGGCAGAGUAACAAACCCACUGCACGGCAUUUAAAUGCAAGCACAGGGGACAGGGAGGGAAUGAUGUAUGGGAAUUAUGUAUAUUUCCCAUCACCUUUUGUCUUAUUCAUCAGCCAUUUUUGUGAUCUUGUUGAGCACUCUACUUAGCUGUGAGAUGAAGCAGGUAGUGUUUGAAAUACAGCUUUUUGAAAGCUAAAGCAUCACAGCAAUUUCAUCCUUGUUCAUCUAUUUUACAUAAGAUGACUCAAAUUCUUCCUCCAGCUUCUCUCCUUAUUCCCACUUUGUCUCCCUUCUGCCCCCAGCUCCCUUUUUCAGUGCAGUGGGGAUAAAGUAGUAGCCAGCAGGGUAUUGAAUUAAAAAAAAAGUUUUAGGAGGAUGAACAGCAUUUACUAUAGAAAGGCAAAGAAAUGAAGAGGUCCUUUUCUAAAGAGGCCACCUUCAAAUUUUUGGUUUGGUCAGUUUUGCAAGAGAGACCCCCUUUUACAUUACAGUGAACAUUUUUACAGUUAUCCACAGAGAUCUUCUAGCUUCAUCAGCAACAUUUUUCUUUAAAAUGCUGCCAACAGCAUGGGCAAGCUUCACUUGUCUCACUGAGACAAGAAUUUUUUGCCUUGGAAGCAAAAAAAACAUGUAGAAGUUUCUUCUUUCUGCAGCCCAGAUGGAUACAUUUAUUUCUUAACUCCAUGGAAAAGCUAAAAAUAGGGUUUGGUAGCACUAGUGGAUAAAUUCUCUCAGCCUUACAGAAUUAUCUCAGAUUUUUUUUAAUUUUUAUUUUUAGAAGAAAAAAAGAAGGCCUACCAUUCCAAUACAAUUCCAUGCCUUGGAUUAGUUUCUAACCUGAGAGGCAUUUAUUACAGCCUUCUAGUGAAAAAGAACAUUACCGGUUAGGUAACUUUAACAUACCCAAACCAUAUGUUCUUAAAAAAAUAGUACUAGCAUGAACAGUGGAUGUGCUGCUACACAGAAAUAAAAAGGUUUCAGUGCUCCAAUCCAACUCUCAACAGAGUCACAAGGGUUUGAAACAUUAAACUGGACCAACGGAUUGUCCUUCACUGCACGGUAGCUCCUUGUCAUCCGCAGUGGCCCAACUGCCUGUCUAAUCCACACCCACUAAUGCCAGUGGCUUUCUACGGGUGAUGUAGAGAUGUGACAGAUCCUCUGGCUUAAAGGAAAAGACUAAUAAAUAACACAACUCACUUGUGAGGACACUAGGAUUUCAAGUGCUGUGAUAUAGGAUCCACACAUUUAUCCAGUUAUACCUGAUGUAUUCCAGAUGGUCUAACAUCUAGAUACUGUACUUGUAUUGUAUACAGAAGCAAUUAAACAUAAAUAUGAAGAGAUGGAAAGAUACAAAUAAAACCACUUCCAAGUUUGCUUCCUCAUCCCUCCAGUUCAAGCAUGAAAGUGUAAUUGCUAAUGGAUAAAUCAGAGUCAAUAUAUCUCAAGUGGUCCAACCAAAUAUUGCUAGUUAUCUUUAGGUGAUCAGGUUAAAACAGUCUGGUCCAUGGCUUGUAUAACCCACAAACUUGAGAAUCCAAUUACCAUUUUAGAGGAAAACAUGACACCACCAUUUCCCUCCUCAAUGCUUUUAAACAACACUUCUUCCAGCUAGAUUCCUUCCAGACUUAGAAAGGCAUAGCAAGUUUCCUAGAAAUUCUAGAAGAGAAGAAGAAAAAGGCACAAAAUCUGCAUUACUGUCCUGAAGCGCGUUUAAAGUACUUUAGGAAUCUGAUGAAUAGAAGAGGAUUAGUAGCAGAAGACAUCUCUAUUAGACCACACUUAUUUCCACAGUAGAUCCUCUCUCCCUGACUGAUCCACAGUAUUUGAAAAUAACAUUCAUUUUACUAAAGAGAAAGCCAAUUCACACCUCUUCUGUCUUUCAACAGGGGUACCACAGAAAUUUUUAACUAACUUCAUAUUCUACUCAAUGAAAAUUAAAUGCUAUUUAAGUGAACAAAAAUAAAAGAUGUGGAACUGACCAGUGAUGUAGACAUUUGCACCAAUCAUAGGACCAUUCCAUAAUUUUUAUUUGCUACACAAUGUUACUUCCUGCCCUGAAAAUAAACCUGGUCUCCAAUGGAAAAUAAGAGAAUCCAGCCUGUAUACUCAGCAAGAUGACGAUGACAAGUAGGAAGUGUUGUUAUUGCAGGAAGAUGUGGGAAAUCACAUGCAACAGAAAGGGCAAGUAACCUUUUCAUGCCUUUUUGGUUUGGCACACAGAUUGCAUCCUUUUCCUCAGUUUUGGAGGAUAUAAAUAAAGCUGUUCUGUCUUCAAUCGCUACUAGACACA